UGCUCCUUGUGCUCAGUUGCUCACACACACUGUUCAUUUGUAAUCAUUUCUGUUGAAGUGCCCUGUGUACAGCUGCUCCGUGCUUUUGUAGCCUUCUCAUCUGCUGCAGGGUCACGUUCAGUCAUUCAUUCAGAUAGCUGGGAUCUUAAAUGCAAGCUCUUGUUAGCUCACUUCUCUUUCCUUUGGCCCUGCCACUCUGCCCCCUCCCCCUUCUAUCACAUACAGACAGCUACAGCCUUGGCUAGGGAGCUAUCAGACAGUUACACACGUUUACAACAACAGGAGAGAACCAGGCAGACAAAAGGUGACUGCAAAUCUCAUCAUGGCAUCAGGAGCUCUACAAUUCUUCGCUUUUGUCCUCGCCUUGUUCGGGGUGUUUGGCGCAAUCACAGCCACCUUACUGCCCAACUGGAAAGUGAAUGCAGACCUGGGUUCAAACAUCAUCACAGCCAUAACUCAGAUGCAAGGGCUCUGGAUGGACUGCACAUGGUACAGCACCGGGAUGUUUAGCUGCACACUGAAAUAUUCAAUUCUUUCCCUCCCUGUUUACAUCCAAACAGCACGGACCACCAUGGUUUUGUCUUGUAUCCUCUCCUCUUUUGGGAUCUGCAUCGCCACUGUCGGGAUGAAGUGCACCCGGCUGGGAGGGAACAGAGACACCAAAAGCCACACUUCAUUUGCAGGAGGAGUCUUCUUUAUCCUUGCAGGAAUAUUUGGAUUGAUACCAACAGCCUGGUACACCAGGGAGAUCAUUUCAAAUUUUCUGGACCCAACCGUCCCAGAAAGCAGUAAACACGAACCGGGAGGAGCAGUUUACAUCGGAUUCAUUUCAGCAGGUCUUCUGCUCACUGCAGGUGCCAUCUUUGGCACUUCCUGUUUUAAAAAACAGCAGAGGGCAUGGAUUUACCCUAACAAGCCACAGCAACCAUUCCCAGGUGCUCAGCAAGAAAACACUACAGGUUACAACCUGAAAGACUAUGUGUAAAUACAGUGGUGGGUCUGCUGGAAAGGGAGGGGGGUCUGUUUACUGUACAUUUGGUUGUGAUUUUAAAUACCAACAGUUUUCUCUUCUUGAUGUAAGGCAUGUCACUCAAUUUUGACAAAGUACUUUUUUUAAAGAAAGUAAAUUAAAUAAGUUAUUGUUGGCAUUGCUUUGCAACUGAAUUUUAAAAGAAAAGAACAAAAGGAAGAGUACAAAUAUUUGGUUUUACAUAAAAAUACAGUUCAUAUCUACAAUAUGCCACUUUAAUUUCCCCCAAGAAUUCAACUUUAAUUAUGAUAUUACUUAAACCUACUCUGUCUGUCUAUAAAAUCCCAUGAUUUGUUUUUAAACUGUGGCAACAUUUCUUCAGUGUUAAUUUCCAUUUGCUAUGGUUAACUGUAUUUCUUCAUUAAUAAAACAAACCCACCCUAAUAUGAUUGUAUGCACAUGCUAAAGAGACAUGGCCAUUCAGUUGUUGCCAAAACCCAAAGUACUCCCAACAUCCCACUACCUGCAGCAGCUUCCAUUUUUAUUUCAAAAUAAUUCUCUACUUAAUGGUCUGCUGCUAAUUUAAGGUUAUGCACCUACCAAGGCUAAGAAACAGGUAUGUCAAUCAUGCUGCAUUUAUAAUUGAAGUAAAAGUUUUAACCCUCCAAGUUCAAUAUUUAAGUACUUUUAAAUAUUUUGUUUUCAUGA